AACAAAACGGCAACCAAAGAAGAUAUGCAACCCAUUUUCUUGAAAGAUGUGGUAGAGGGCGCACACCGGGUUAUGUGGCCAUACCCUCCUUGCCCAUCGGUCGGUCGUCCAAAUCAUGUUCUAGAUCGCUAGCCAGCUUAAAAACUAACACUUAGGGGGAACCCAGUUCUUCCAGAUGAUCCACUCCAGGUCAGUAUGUAUGGACCCCCAAAAAUUGUGCUUGGUGUGCUGAUCUCGUCGACUACUAGUUGUUUCUAGAAAGCUUCCAAGAUAUACUGUCAGGUUGAUGUUCCAAAUCCUAUUAUUAUUGCAUAAGGCUUCUUGUAAUGAUCUAUUUUUUCUUAGAAAUAUGGAAGAUAUUUGAGGUGAUGUCUCUUGGUCCUAUUCCUUGCAUCCACGCACUAUCACAUAAUGAAACACGCCUGCCAUCCCCCACCGUCAAGGUAGUCACUGAUGCGAAUAACAGUUUAUCAUUUUUUGUGCAAGGCGAGUCGAUACCAAGGCUGAGACUAACAGUGGCUGUCCAAUCUUGCCAUAACCACCUUAGAGUGCACUGCUUGUGCAAAAGAAUGCGGGGAGGAUGCUCAAACCUCCUAGGGCUUUUGGUGCUGAACGGGGGUCCAGUUCACUUUGCAUUUCCCUCCUGUGACUCUCUCCAUUCCGGUCCAAGGACUAGCAUAAAAAACCUUCGGCUGGCCGCAACGGGCAUCCUCCAUUGGGCUCCCAACAUGCACUAAGCGAUAUAUUCUGCUGGGCCUUGGUGGGCAUUUGCUGAAUGGAAUAUGUACCGUAUCAUUGAAGUCCGUACAUCGCCCCAAUAUAAAUAUAUAUGUGAUCACUUCUAUCUGAAUUGCAAGUUAUUUUCCAUUCCAGUCAAUUUCUCUACUAGGAUUAGCUUUGAACAUUUUUUUCACUAUAUAUAUGGAGGAGGACAGGGGGGUGACCGUGCUUUCAAGCCGCAUAGAACGGUGGCAGCUGAGGCGCGGCGAUCACAUCUAUGCCUGGCGGACAGGCUACUCCCAUCAUGGAAUCUACGAAAGCGACGAGAAGGUGAUCCACUUCACUAGCGCUUCAGCGCAGUCCUCCGGCUUCUUCAGCAGCUCUUCAUCUGCAGCCUUCUCUUCUCACAGCAAGUGCCGUGAAGCUAUGCGUGGAGGCGGUGUCGUGGUCUGCUGCCUCGACUGCUUCCUGGAAGGGGACAAUCUCUGCCUCUUCGCCUACUCAGUGUCCAUGGCAUUCGCUGCACUGAGCAAUAUCGGUGCUCAAGACACCUGCUCCGUGGUAGACGAAGACCCACCCGACACGGUCUUGCGCCGCGCCAACGACUUCCUCGACUACGGCGGCUUCCGCAGCUACAACGUUGCAGGCAAUAACUGCUUCCACUUUGCCUACUACUGCAAGACAGGACGCGAAUAUCUCUCACCAGUGCGGAUGAUUGCUGACCCCUCGCAGGAACACCAACGUUCCCCGGCAUGUACAAUCCUUUAGAGCUCCUUUGGAUGGUUGGGUAGUACCCACUAGAGAUGAUUUUACCCGAUAUCAAUUUAGGAGCUCUAAAGUUAGAAAAAUCACGAAAAAACAGAUGAUUGUGAAAUGUUGCUGCAAUCCACAAAAUUAGUGGCAAAAAUAAACUUUAUUCAGUAUAA